AUGGCAGAGCCGCCGCCGCCCCCGUCGCAGUCGCCGGCGCAGACGCCGCCGCCCACGCAGCAGCAGACGCCCGCGGCAACCGCGCGGGAUGAAAUGAUGGCGUGCGUGGCUGCGCUGGAGGCGGCGCUGCUGCCGUGCCUCCCCGCGCGCGAGCUGCAGGCCGUCGACCGCUCCCUCCAGUCCUCCCACCAGAUUGAUGUCGAGAGGCACGCCAGGGAUUUCAUGGAGGCAGCCAAGAAGCUUCAGUCUUGCUUCAUCGACAUGCAGCGCGAGGACCAACCAACAAACGAAGAACUGCUUCGUAAGGAGAUUACUACAAUGGAGGAAGAACUGAAGACUAGGUCUGAGCUCAUUGCCAAGCACAAGAGUCUCAUUGAAGGGUGGCAGAAAGAACUAAAGGACCAGCUGGGCAAGCACAACACUGAGCUCGAAAGAGUUUGA